AGAAGUUGCAGUAAUAAAAAGUAUUGUACGGUGAUCCUGAUGAAUCCUUUCCAAUUUACCAUGAAAAGGUUGGUGUCUCAAGUAUAUUGCGGACUUAAACCUGCUUCUUCCAAAAAACAAAGGACCUGCUUUGAAAUGGCAAGACCCAGUUCAAAUAUGGCUGAUUUUCGAGAAAUAUUUGCAAAAGCAAAGCAUAUAGCUGUUAUUACAGGAGCUGGUGUCAGUGCAGAGAGUGGUGUUCCAACCUUCCGAGGUGCAGGAGGCUACUGGAGGAAAUGGCAAGCUCAGGAGUUGGCUACUCCAGAGGCUUUUGCAAGGAACCCCUCCAGGGUGUGGGAAUUCUACCAUUACCGUAGGGAGCUUAUGAUGAGUAAACAACCUAACCCAGCACACAUUGCCAUAGCAGAGUGUGAGGCCAGGCUGAGCAAGCAAGGCAGGAGUGUUGUGGUCAUCACACAGAAUAUUGAUGAGCUCCACAGGAAAGCAGGAACAAAACACCUCUUAGAAAUUCAUGGUAGCUUAUUCAAAACCAGAUGUACCGGUUGUGGAAAUGUGACAGCAAACCAUAAGAGUCCAAUUUGUCCUGCUUUGGCUGGAAAAGGUGCUCCAGAUCCUGAUGCCGAAGAUACCAAGAUUCCUGUGGAAGAUCUUCCUCGGUGUGAAGACUGUAGUGGCCUCUUGCGCCCUCAUGUUGUGUGGUUUGGAGAAACUUUGGAUUCUGAUAUCCUUACAGAGGUUGAAAAAGAACUUGAGAUUUGUGAUCUUUGUUUAGUGGUUGGAACCUCUUCUAUAGUAUAUCCUGCUGCUAUGUUUGCUCCUCAGGUAUCCGCCAGGGGAGUGCCAGUUGCAGAAUUCAAUAUGCAAAGCACCCCAGCUACAGACAGGUUCAGGUUUCACUUCCCAGGUCGCUGUGGCACCACGUUACCCCCAGCACUUGCUCGCCAUGAAACUGAGAUUAUCUCAUGAACAUUUAUCAGAAGCAAAGAGGAAAAAUAAAAUUGCUAAUUUCUGCAGGGUGCAAGUAUAGGAGGAACUUGGAACUUGUAGAAAACGCCUUGCCUGUAAUUGAGCAUUGGGAUCUGAGGAUGACACUGAACAAAAUAAAUCAUGAUUUUCUGAUUGAUUACAAGCAAAGGAAAGGUGUUAUCAUGGACAGGGACAUUUGAAAAACAAUUACAUUUUUGGGGGACUAAAAGUUUGUGUGAAAUGAAAGCAUAAAAUACAAACAGUUCAUUUGAAUGUGGUAACAAAAGGGACAUUUAUGCUCCCAAAUAUUAGACUAUAUCUUUGGUGAAUCUUAAAACAUGGAGUUGCUUCACCAUAGCUGUAUACUUCACAAAAUAGUUUUAUACAACUGAUGUAAAAUUCAAAUAAAAAUGUAAGAUAAUAUUAACAAAUCAGCAAUGACAGCUUUUAAUAUAGCAUACACUCCAGUAGCUUUUCUUUCUUGCGGGAAAUCAAUAAAUCAAGGUGGGCUUUCUCAUGAGACAGUUCACUUUCUAAAAAGGUUAUAAA